GGUGUUAUCGCGAUAGGUUGCGGCUCGCGACCCUUGCUGUGGGAUGGACGGGAGGCGGCCACGUCCCGAGGCUUCUCUUGCAGGCCUGCUCCCGGAGUUCGCCGAGGAGGGAUGGGCAUAGCCUGCCGUUGGCGCGUCUGUCGCGACACGUCUUGGCCGGGCGCUCCGUGGCCAACGCCCUGUUGCGCUUAUAUUGCUUGUGGUCGCUAGUGUCUAUGAUUACAGAGUGAAGCUGUGCGGUGGAGGGUCUCUCUGCUAGGUUGAUUCUGCUUUGGGAUAAUGGCAGGAAAAGUGAAGUGGGUAACUGACAUAGAAAAAUCAGUUCUAAUAAACAACUUCGAAAAAAGAGGCUGGAUUCAGGUGGCAGAAAAUGAGGAUUGGAAUUUUUAUUGGAUGAGUGUACAAACAAUCAGAAAUGUUUUCAGUGUGGAAACUGGUUACCGCCUUUCUGAUGACCAAAUUGUCAACCAUUUCCCCAAUCACUACGAACUGACGAGAAAAGAUUUGAUGGUGAAGAAUAUCAAGCGAUAUAGGAAAGAACUUGAGAAGGAAGGAAGUCCUCUUGCAGAAAAGGAUGAAAAUGGAAAAUAUAUUUAUUUGGAUUUUGUUCCGGUAACUUUUAUGCUUCCUGCUGAUUAUAAUCUCUUCGUUGAAGAAUUCAGAAAAAAUCCCUCCAGCACUUGGAUUAUGAAACCUUGUGGUAAAGCUCAAGGAAAAGGAAUAUUUCUAAUCAAUAAACUGUCUCAAAUUAAAAAAUGGUCUAGAGAUAGCAAAACAUCCUCGUUUGUAUCUCAGUCUUCCAAAGAAGCCUAUGUAAUUUCUCUCUAUAUCAAUAAUCCAUUACUGAUUGGGGGAAAGAAAUUUGACCUUCGUCUAUACGUUUUGGUAUCUACGUAUCGCCCACUGAGAUGUUACAUGUAUAAACUUGGAUUUUGCCGAUUUUGCACAGUAAAAUAUACACCGAGUACAAGUGAAUUGGAUAACAUGUUUGUACAUCUUACAAAUGUUGCCAUUCAGAAACAUGGGGAUGAUUACAAUCAUAUCCAUGGAGGCAAAUGGACAGUGAGCAACUUGCGCCUGUAUCUGGAAAGCACCCGUGGCAAAGAAGUUACAAACAAAUUAUUUGAUGAAAUUCACUGGAUAAUUGUGCAGUCAUUGAAGGCUGUUGCGCCUGUUAUGAAUAAUGAUAAACACUGCUUUGAGUGCUAUGGAUAUGACAUUAUCAUUGACGACAAGCUUAAACCAUGGCUAAUUGAGGUUAAUGCUUCCCCUUCUCUUACUUCCAGUACUGCUAACGAUCGCAUCUUGAAGUAUAAUCUUAUUAAUGACACACUUAACAUUGCUGUGCCUAAUGGGGAAAUUCCGGACUGUAAAUGGAAUAAAUCUCCACCAAAAGAGGUUCUUGGCAAUUACGAAGUCUUAUAUGAUGAAGAGAUGGCACAAAAUGAUGGUCCUGAUCGUGACUUGCGAAGUCGUUCUGGGCAAUCCACUGGAACAAAAGGAAAUCGUGGAAGAGAUUCAGGAAAGCCUGUACUAACCACCUGGAAAUAAUGAUUAAACACAACAGCUGCCCUGUUGGUAGGACAGAAUCAUGGAAAAAAAUGAGUUCAUGAACAGAUUUCUCUACUUUCCUGUGUUGCAUGAGGGAAACAAUAAAAGAAAACAAUACAGCCUUGAAAAUAAGUGAAAUGAGCACUCCAAAAACAGGAUCUCUAUAAUACAUGCACUGACUUGCCAAUUAUAAUAAUUAUACACAUGCACGUAUAUAUAUCUAAAAUGUAUAAUAUGUAAUUAAUUUAAUACAAGAAUAUUUGUGCUUGUAAUGAUUCUCUGAAAGCAACAAAGCCUAAACUUUUAGAAGUGUAUCUAUUCAGACGUUGGAGAAGCCAGUAUUCUCUCAAUAAUUAUUACGAGGUUUCUUUAUAAAGAUGACGUGUAAAAAUACAUGCUCUGAUAUACAGGGCAGCAAGAGUCUUCUAUAAUUUAUUUUCUCUAGUAGCCUACCUCUACAUUCCUAUAAUAAAAGAGUGGUAGUAGUGAACAUUAAUAUUGUCACAAUGAUGGUUCAGCUUCUUGCUCGUAAAAAAAAAGAGUAAUGAGAGAAAACAGCAGUAUAUGGAGUUGAGACUAUUGUCAGUUAAAGCAGCUAAUGAUUUAUAACCAGUUUUAAGAACUUGAAAAGUAAAUCUAUAUGCUGGGGUUUUUGUUUGUUUGUUUUCUUUUUUUUGUUUGCUUUUAAAUGUUUUGAGCUGAUAAUUCUUUAAAAGUAGAAAGUCUGAUGUAAACAGGGAAUGUUUCAGGUAGUAUGUUGAUGCAUUAUUUGAUUAGCCAUUAGUUUUUAUUCCAAGGUAAUUUGUCUUUAGAAAAUCAGGCAGAACAUCCGUAUACUGUAAUAAAUCUCAUUGCUUGAGAAUGACUUUAAAUCAACUGGCUAUAAAUCUUUACUUGCACUAGAAUUUCUUCAUGUAUUUAAACAUGUAAGUACUUCUGUGUAUUUUUGUAUAUUUUGUAUGUACUACCACAAGAAUAUUGUUGCAUGUGAGAGACUAUUUCUAGCUCUUAUAUCGGAAGUUGUGAUGAUUAGAUACGAAAACGUGUAGAGCAAAAGUUAAAAAUAGGUAUUUUGGUCUUCUAACAGCAUAGUAUAUAAAUAAACUAGUUAGGUCUACCAAUGGCUACCACUUUCACUUGCAUUUCCAUCAGCUGUUGAGCUGGUAUUUAUAAUAAUGUCUCGAUGUGCAGCUCUAAUAAUCUUUUUUUCGUCAUUUUUCUCUCUCCUGACUCCCCCCCCUUUUUUUUUAUGUGAAGGAUUGUGGAGGAAAAGACAAAAGUAGGCUUAAAAUUACAAAUAUCCGUGCACCUGUAAUAAACUCUAAUCUGGGUAUCACUAAUUCAGUGAUACUCGAUUUCUGUCUGUCAUAGCAGGCUAAGUGCUCUUCACUUUUCUGUGUGGCAGGGCUGCUUGUUGGUAAACACUAAAGCACAGGGUAAACUUAGCCUCUCCCAGUGUCCUUAGACAUGAUCUGGGAUUCACCCUUGCAAUAAAGAAUGAAAUACAUGGACUGAAUCAGUCACUCCAAGUAUAGUCUUCAUCUUGAUUAAUGUUGGCUGUUCCAUUGAAAUAAAGACCAAAAUCUAGAUGAUUGUCUGGUCAUUAGUCUUAAUGAAUCUUCUCACUGGCCUUUACAAAAGUUGGUUCAUGCAGUAAGGUAAAGCUUAGUAAAGCUCAUCUGAAUCCCAGGUCUCGUAGCUGUUAGGUUUGGUGUGUUUCAUUCUGGUUUUUUUUUUAUUAUUCUUGAGUGUGAGCUUUGCUUCAAUACUUGAACUUUGGCAGGUAAGCCACUCGUAAGUAGAUGUACAGUCAGAUAUUAUGUGUUGCGUUAAUGACGUGGUACUUAAUGGGCAGACAUUUCCUGCUGCAGCCGAAAUUGGCUGUUACUACAAAGUAUGUAACAGGGCGACAACCUUAGGAAAUAAUAGGCUGUAGUAUUCUGUAGUAUGGUUGUAUUUCAUACAGGUAAUGCAACAAGGAUGCUUGGAUAGAAGGAAAACAGCUUUCUCUCACUUUAAUUUCCAGUGCUUUUAACUCAUUUCUCUAUCAGCCUGGGCAAAGGAUGUUAUUGUGGUCUUGUUACAACAGUAGCACUUGCAAGUGAGGCUACAAUAGAAUGAUUACUCUUCCCCUUUAUCUUUUUCCUGUUUGUGCAGCCUACAGUGGUGGGACUCUAUAGGGAAGGGGUAUAUUGAGAAAUGCUGAUUCUGCUGAAAAAGUCGACUGUACUGUAACUUUAAGUGUGCAGAAGUAUAACAUACUAAGCUAGCUGCAAGACUUGCAGUCUGCCUUUUGGGAAAGCUUAGUGCCAAGGCAAGAACAGGUCUAGGUUAUUAGCAUUUAUUGGUGUAGAAGGCUUUAGAGAAUUGUGUACUACUUAGUUGUGAUUUCACAAUGAACCAAAACUGGUUAUAAUUUCAAAAUAGUCUUGUUCUUCCAAACUUGUUUGUAUGUGGUGUUGGCAAUAGUGUCUUUGCAGCUAGGCAAUGAGUUGAAUCAUGGGCUCUGGAACAGACACUGGCAAGACAUAUAGAAUAGGGAUAGCAAUACUUAAUAUUUCACCAAUGUUGAAUAUUCUCAUUUAAUUGAUUGGAGGUUUCUAAUGCCUUGGAAAGGGUCAACUCAUUUGAGCUUGCAUUCUCAUUAAUCAGUAUAAUAAUGCAUCCCUUCCAGUCCAUUCUUACCGUAUUAAAGUCUUACUAUUGCUUUCAGAAAAUAAGGAUUUCUAUCUCAUUUCUAUUUCAUUCACAUGUUUGAAGAGCGUUAUUUUAUCCAGAAUAUAUUUCUGUAGCAAAGCUAUUGAUUUGGAACAGGCAAAUGCUUCUCUCUGGCUACUUGUAGUGGGAAAGCAGAUUUCAAACACCUUACGUGAGGAUGAAAUGUCUGUUAGAUAUUUCAUAAAAUAUCAUCACUACCUCAAUAUCAAAACAGUAAUAUUACUAAUUAGGGAGGAAAACAACAACAACAACUCUGAUAUGAAACUUUCACAGUGUAGUAAUAAAUAAAAAACCUAGAAUUUAGAUUUCAAAUGUCAAUAUAGCAUUUUACACAGUUGUAUCUCUAACCAAUGUAUUGGUAAUUUAUGCUGCAGACACAAACACAGAUCCGAUAAUGCAGCGUUCUUUAAAGAGCAAGAAGUCAAAGAGACUGCAGACAUAGUGACCCUCUCUUCCUGAUCUCAGUCCAUUCGCUUUUUAAAAACAGCAGACUAGUGAUUAGAUAUAGCAGGCUGCUUUCUCCUCACUUCCUUUUCCAACAGGCUUUUUGCAGAAAAGUUGAAGUUUGAAGACUUAACUAUGUUAUCACUCCUAAUACAUUGGAAAAACUGGGUACACAAAAGGAGUCUUAGGGUACAAAACUGAAAUGACAUUAAAUACUAGAUGAUUAAUAGUGCCUUUCUCUGUAUCAGUAACAAGCGAACAAAAAAACAACUGGAAGUAAUCUGGAAGUCUUCCUUUUCUAUAAAGAACUUGAAGCCUCCUCCUAUAGAUAAAUAAAAUGUUCUUGUGAAAAUAAAAAUUAGGAAGCUACGUUGUUAUGUAAUAUCUGUUUUUCUCUGAACGAUCUGUUGAAAAAUACAUUGCUUCUUCACUGGAAUUUGAGUAAGGAAAGAAACUGUGUUCUGUGGUAGCUGAGAGUUUGCUUUGUGCAUGAAACAACUUGUCUGCAAGCUGUGAAACAGGGGGUGAGAAGGAAACAAAAGCAGUCAUAGCUUUCAAGGGGAGGAGGGUAGUAUUUGAACAGCAUGCCGUGAGAUGUUUGUUUGUGCGUGGCCUUAAAAGGUAAAGGUGAAUAUUUGGUGAGGAGGAGAAACUGGAAAGGAAAAUUUUAUCUCAUGUUCGGGAACAGAAUCUUGAACUUGUCUCUCUAGUGCUUCUUAACUAAAUCUACUGCUGUAUUAGGGCAGAAAUAAUGCUACAAAGUGGUGUAAAAACUGCUAACAGCCUUUGUGUGGCACAAUCUAUCAGUUAGAACUGAGGUGAUAAGUGAGAUGUGUAAGCCAUAUGGGGGAUGUGCCUACUGUGGGAUUUGAAGAGAGUUAACUUAAAGGUGUGAUGUUAACGUGUGUGAUACAAGAUGUUAAACAUUGUGUGGAUGCCUUCAUUUGAAAGUAAGGUGGCUCUUUUUGCUGGAGCCUAACUUUCCAAGAGAGAAAAGGCUGUUUUACCUCUGUUUGAGAGGGGUUAAAUAGGUUUAAGCUUGAGGAACUGCUUGCAGACGAGCUUCUUGUUCUGAGUAACUAAGCUUGGCCCUAGGCCAACCGUCCUCCAAGUGGAUUUGACUGUAGGAUAAAGAAAUUGUUUUGUGUCUCAUUGGAGCAAAAUAAAUGAGAAAUAAAAGUCCUCCAAAGUUCUCACUUUGGCUAAUGUACUAACUUGCUGGGCAGAGCUAAAACAAAUGUGCUUCUAAGUCCUGCUGCUCAUAAGCUUAAGUGAUCUCUGGUAUAACGACAGUAUUGUAUGAAGAAUUAAAUAGACGAGCUCUAAACAACUAUGGGAGUUGUUAUAAUGACAUCAGUGUAGAAGGAGCUUAUUGCUGGAAUUGAAUACUGGGGCUUGCUUCCUGGGCACUAACCUUUCUCCCUAUUAAUUCUUUGACAUGGAUGGCAUUAAUAAGAUUCCCACAGAAUAGCUUCUUUAUGUGGCUUUAGGAACUUACAUAGAGUAGAAGAAACAGUAUUAUCCCUAAAGCUAUUUUGUUGCUGUUGGCUUCACAAUAGAACUUCUGCCUAAAAUGUCCCUGUCCGGAUUCAUUUCCUGCUAUAAAUGUAGCAAAACAAUAGACGUUUCACAGAAGAUAUAUAGUGCUGCACUUCAGCGGGAGAAUGUGUCAGGCAGAGCUCAUUUAUCUGUCGUAAAGGAAGGAGAUUUAUUCUGCCACUAUAAACUGAUGCUGUGUCCAAAGUAGUUACUGUUCAGUUUAUAUAUGUGGAACUGUAACCAGAAGGUAACUUUCAUUUUGUGCCUGCUGUAUUAAAAAAGCUCACUCAAUCCUUCAGUUCAGUGGGAAGCACGCUGUGCCAUCUGGUGUGUGGGUAUCACAAUAUAACACUGCUGUCCAUAGCUAGCUAUGCUAACCUGUGUGGUUCCUUAACAAACAAACAACUUUACUCCUGUAUUCUUUGCAUACAAUAAAUGUGUAGAGCUGAGAAAAGCUGACUUUGGUAAUAAUUUUGGUAAAUUUUUUAUCAAGAGGAAAUAGGAAGAUAAAUGGCUGUCUUGGAAAGACUGUUUUUACUGAAUAGUAGGAAAUUGCUUGUGCUAGACUUUCGGUAGUGGUUGUUGUUUUUUUAUUAUUAUUUAAUACUUUCUAAAAAUACUUCUUAAAAUUUGCUGCCAGAGGUUAGGCGAGCUUCAAGAAGCUCACCAUGCUUGAGGCAGUCCAUAGCCAGAUCUUUUCCAAUUGUUUUGAUGACAUAGUCGUAUCCCUGUCAUUGACAGAGCCCUCCAUGCUUUAAUUAAUCACAAAUUUUGUACCUACUGAAAAGCAUAUCAUUCACUUUUGAGAUAAUCAUAGGCAACUGUUGUGAAAUAGAAAAUUUAGGACAGUAUGAAACUGAUUAAAGGCAUUAAUGUGGAAAACGAGAUAAUAAAGGGUAUUUCAAAUGAGCAUGUUUUCUGUGAGACAAACUGUAUUUGAUGAAAGUUGGGCAGUUAAACAGUAAAAUUAAUUAUUUGAGUGGAAUUAAAUUUAAUAUUCUGAAAUUCCAUGUCAUUGAUUGGCAUAUAUAACCACUAAUGGGAGUACAUUUAGAAUCAAAAUAUGGUUCAGGGUUUAAUUUAGGUUUUCAACUGUAAAUAUGUAACACUUGGGAUUUUUUAGCUACAGAUAAAAAAUGCUGAGAAGAAUGCUAAAAUGUUACAGCAAGAGCCAAGAAACAGUAAUGUAAUUUGCUCUGAGGGAAUCUAAGUGAAAAUAUUAGUACUUAAAAGGAUACGUGAAAUUUCUGAGGACAGCAGAGGACACAAGAAGCAUAUUUAAAAAUAGAUUGUGUUAAAAAUAAAAAUAACCGUGGGAUACUCAUCUAAAAUGAGGGAGGAUUAUUUAUUUAUCUAUCUGCCUAUUUAUUUGUUUAUUUAUUUAUUUAUUUUCAGAAAUUUCCUGUCCUGUCCCUUGCAGUCAAAAUUGCAUGCCCACCGGUAGGGCUAUAUAAACUGUUAGUCUUUCUUCUAGGGCAAAAGGGGGAGAUGAUCUUUCCCAGGAAGUCACGUUCUGAAUAAAACUGAAAACAUCCAAAGAACAACUUAAUUUCAGUAUUUAUGAAAAAAAAAAUCUGAAAAUGCUAAAAUCAAGAUGAAUAAUAUCAUGUUGAAAGUGUGAUUCAUGGUAUCAUUAAGUUAUUUAUGGCAUCAUUACAGUGUCAUCGUGCUGGGAGGUUGCAUGACUGGUGGUAGAUAUAAUUAGACCGUUAAUCUCUUUUAAUUCACUUCAAGAAAGAACAUAAUGCUUGACUAACUAUAAAGAUAAUUUACAUUUUAUAAAUUGAAAAACAGUAGUUUGCUAACCACUGAGGUAUUUUUCUCCAAGCAGUUUUUUUUAAGUGCAUCUAUGCAUGUAUGCGGUGCAUGUGGCCUCAAGCCUAUACAUAUGUAUGUAUACAUGCAUUAAACUGUAUUACCAUGAGAAGUGAAGUCAAAUCAAGCAGCAACGCAUAUUAAUUCCCGUGCAGACAAUUUUCACUUUCAGAUACGGAGGUAGUUUACAAGAAGAUCAAUAGCAUUGAUCCAAAAUGUAGACUAAGACAACUUUGAUAAUAUUUUGUUAACUGUUUCAAAUGAUACACUUGGAAAAGUGGUAAAAAUUUUACAAUUAAAAAUGUAUUCUUAAAAUUA